GCGUUCACAUCAGCAGAACUGUGAUUCCAGCCUCCAGUGAGAGACUGAGUGACAGACACCACUGACACUUACUGGAUUGUUUAGACCUCUAACAAAAGAACUGAAAUAUGAAAGUUUUUGUGCCAGUGGGUGUGGUCUUUGUUUUGGCCCUGCUCAGUCUCGGCUCUGCCAUCAAGUGUUUCAGUUGCCAGGACUACACGGGCAACUGCGCUGAAACCAGUGAGUGCAGCAGGGAUGAUGCAUGUCUGACCCUGAACGAGAGAGGUGGAAAGACAUAUCGAAAGUGUAUCAAGUAUUCAGACUGUGAGGUGUCAAUACUCAGUCCGAUGUUUCCUAAAGUAUCCAGCUACUCGUUUAGGUGCUGUAACCAAGACUUGUGUAACAGCGCUCCUGUCACUGCCGCCGGGAGCUCAGUGCUUGGCUUGCUGUUCUCUCUGCUCUUGUGGUUCGUCCUCUGAGCUAACACGCCUAAUGUUUGCCUUCUGCUGAUACUGUGUAUAAUGAUACUAGGCCUGAGCAUCUUUAAGACAUAAAAAGACAUUAAAACUGCAGUUUGUAUAGUGACUACAAGGUAAGCUGAGUGUUUGUUGGAAAGAAAAAUCAGCUUUUUGGAUUCAUCGAGCAACAUCUUUUGAGCUAUGGCGCUGAACUGUGAGAUUUCACAAGUGGAAAUGUCAUGCAUGAUCGCCGUAAGAGAUUAAUGUAAUAUUAGAUUACAUUAAACAUGCCAAUCUCAUCUGAAAACUGUAUUUGGUCUGGGGCCCAUUGGCCAUUAUUCUGGCAUAAUGGGAAAUGGGUACUAAAAACCAGUUAUGGGUACUAAAUAGUACUGUAAAAGUGUAAACAAUAUUUAGAUGAUGGUUGAUACUCCUACAGAAUCUAUGAUUAAUCGCUGAAGUAAAAUACCCAUUAGUGAACUACCCAUAAUUCCAUAACCAUGAUCAUUGUCCAGGCUAGAUGUAGUCAGUCCUUCUCAUAAUGUGCUGAUUGUUGGUUUAAUUAUCACUUACGGAGCUUGGGAGCAACAAAGAUAUUUUUGAAAGAUUGAUGGAAACGUAAGAAAGUACAAAGCUUUUUUGGUCAUAGGCAGUGAGAUGGGUGGUUUUGAGCACUAAGCCUUAAAUGGCAAAAAUUUUUUAAUGUUAUUUUAUAAGUAUACACAGAGAUGCAAUGUGUUGCCUAAUUAGAUUCCUCAGAGAUCACUGAACAAAUGGUUUUGUUAAGAAAUACAAUUUAUAUAAUAAAUAAAAAAUAGCUUAGCUUCAUUAAACAGCUAAAUUAUAUUAUAAACCCAAAGAUGAUCCAAGAUUUGUUUUUCUUUAAAAAAAACAAAAAACAGUAACAAUAGAUUUACUUAAGGUUCUAAAACCAAUUUAAAAAAAAUGCUUUUUACAUUGUUUGAUGUUGGAUCAAACAUGGACUUUGGCACGAUAACAGUGUUUUAUAUGGCAUGUUAUAAAAUCAUUUUGUUAGAUUAGGUAUGUAAUUCUAGUACCGAUAAGCGUGCGCUUUUUCAUUUUUAAGUUUAAGUAACUAAAGUAACUGAAGUAAAGUAUGUGUAAUAAUGCUAUUUUCAUUACACAAUUUGUAUGCUACCUAACUCUUGUAAAAUCUUAUAGCACAUUUGUUAAUGUAAUAAAAGAGGACGGUUGGAAACAAA